CCGCGCCCAGACAAGAUGGAAGAGAACAGCAGCCGCAGGAGAACAAUGUUUUGGCAGUAAAAACUCAAAGGAACGAUUACUGGGGAAAAUAUAAACGCUAAAGAGUCGGUUGCGGUCAUGUAUUGGAUAUCCCCCUUUUAGUCCUUUUUUCUAUUUUCCCCCUCCCCUCUUCUUUCUCUUGAAUGAACGGAAGCCCCGUCCUCCAGCAAUACGCCGCCACCAGCAGCAGCUGCAACAGUCCCACCUCCACCGUCUUCACCUCCUCUGCCACCAUGAGCCUCAUCCAGGACAAGCUGGGCAACGAGUUCCUGCGCGGUAACGGCGGCAUGGACCCCAACUUCCAGCCGGCCAGCAUGCUGAUGUUCAGCCACCUGCCGCCGGUCACCAGUUUCACGCGGCUGGCCUCGCAGUCGGUUAUGGGUGACCUGCAGCAGGAGAUGAUCCUCAAGAAGGAGCGCGACUCCCCCGACCACGGCGGUGGCGGCGGCUUCCUCCACGGCAUGGGCAUCAAGCAGGAGAAGCUGAGCGAGCUCGACUACCGCCUGCCGAUGUAUGGCACGCCACAAUCUGCCGGGCACCACAUCACGGUCGCCGGCGGCAACAACGGGAUGGCACAGGGAGGCAGCGGCGGAGGAGGAGCCGGCGGGAAGGGGGCCGGCACUAUGGACAUGCUGGACAUGUCGCUGGGCAACCACCAGAACAUGCUUCUGCAUGACCUCAGCCUUAGUAACUUCUCGGGCAGAUUGGGGAAGGAGCCCAAGGAGGGUCGACGGGCCAAGAAGCCUAAUGGGGAGGGUAACGGAGGCAAAGGCCGCAGGAAACGAGGGGACGCCGCAAAGUCACUGAUGCUGGAUGGAGAUGGGGGUCCAAUGUCCCCGAACUGCAAGCCUCACAUCUGCGAGCACUGCAACGCAGCCUUCCGCAGUUCCUACCACCUGCGCAGACACGUGCUCAUCCACACAGAUGGCACAGGGGAGAGGCCCUUCAGGUGCAGUCAGUGCAACAUGAGCUUCAUCCAGAAGUACCUGCUGCAGAGACACGAGAAGAUCCACAGCGGAGAGAAGCCGUUCAGCUGUGACCAGUGUAACAUGCGCUUCAUUCAGAAGUACCACAUGGAGAGACACAAGAGGACUCACAGUGGAGAAAAGCCAUAUAAAUGUGACAACUGCCAACAGUAUUUCUCACGCACCGACCGAUUACUGAAGCACAAGCGCACCUGUGAAGAAGCCAUAAAGAAGGGCCUUGACCCAAGCAUGCUGGACCUCGGGGAAGAUGACCUCGGCCAGGGCAGCUACCUCCUCACUCAGGGAAACCCUUCCGUCAACGCCCCCUCUGGAGGGCGCAAGCGAGGCCGAGGCAAGGGAGAGGGCGGCGGGGAGCGCCGGCGGAAGAAGGCGGCCUCCUCCUCCUCCUCCUCCUCUUCCUCGCUUCACAUGCCCCGAGGCCUGGGCCUGCAGGACUACGGCGGCGGCCUACCGUCCGGCUCGGGAGACGGCGAGGCUGGGGGGCCUUCGUCGGGCGGCGGGGGCAACCACAUGGGCCGCACGCCCAAGCUAGUGUUCAAGAAGGCCGGCCGAAACAAGGGCCUGGACAAGAGCCUUCUGUCGAUGGCCGACGAGGCUGCCGCCGGCGGCUCUAACUCCGGCCUCCAUAACCAGAAGCUCUCCGCUGGUGGGGGAGGGGGAGGGCUGGAUGGCCUGGGCCUCAUGCAAGGCUCCGGAGGCCCCAAACAGCCCGGCACCAGCAGCAAUUACGACGACGCCAUGCAGUUCCUGAAGAAGCGACGCUACCUGCACGCGGCCAACAGCGGGGGCGGCGGAGGCUCCGGGGCGGGUGUAGGCGGCGGCGGGAACCAACAGAACGACUUCGGGCAUCUUCCCCCGCCCCAGCAGAACGUCAUCCAGGGCGGCCUGGCCGGCGAGCCGACACUGGCCCUGCUGGACACGUCGCCGCUUAUCAGCGUUGACAAGCACGACAAGUCGGGCAUCCCAGACGAGGUGCUGCAGAGCCUGCUGGAUCACUACAGCCACAAGCCAGACGGCUCGCAUCACCACCACCACCACCACCACCACCACCCCCACCACGAUGAUGUGACCUUCGACCUGUCCGGGCAUCACGUGGAUCUGCAGCCGGCCGAAGUGGUGGGCCACGACGAUGAUGGCUCGCCAGGCGGCUCUGGCGACAAGACUGUGGUGAUGAGCGAGUACUCCAAGUUCCUGCUGCAGACCCUGGAGCGUACCAGCCACAGCUCGGGCUUUGCUCUCGGCCCCUCGGCGCCCUUCCCCACCCUUCUGACCACCAGCAGUCCCUCAUCCUCCACCCUCUUCUCUGACAAGCACGUGUACACCACCUCGCCGAUGGACUGCGGCUACACACAGCCCGUAAGCUCGCCACUGGCCCCUUCUUCCUCGUCCUCGUCUUCCGGCGGCACCAAGUCCCACUACAGCAUGCUGGUGUCGGCACCCUCGCCCAACAGCCACGCCUCGGGCUCGUCGGGCUCGUACCACCUCAGCAGCCUGGAGCCGACCAGCCACCAGCAACUCACCCCGUCGCAAGAGCUCGACCAGCUGGAGAAGCAGCACUCGCCGCCCUUCCAGCUGACCUCCGACAUGGCUAACGGGGCGGGAUCCGCGGGUCAGAAGGACGGGAAAAACGGCGGCAGUUCUGCAGGAGGUGGGAACUCGGAUGGUGGAACCGGCGCUGGCACCAACGGCAACGCGGGAAACGGGCCGGCGUACCCCGACCUGGCGCCGCUGGACCCCUCCAAGGAGGUGGACCUGCGUUCCACGUACCAGAUCGAGAACUUCGCCCAGGCCUUCGGCGCGCAGUUCAAGUCCGGCCGUGGGACCCCGCUGUCGGCGUACGGCGGCGCUGACGACCACCGGUUGCCGCGGACUACCGUCUCGGAAUUCUCAGGGUAUACUAGUCUGUUGGCGGACGUCGGCGAGCCCGCUAGCUCAGGAUCCAAAACUCCCACGAGCCAAAGUUACAGGUAAAUAGGGUCGUCCAAGGAGGGGGGAGGGGGCGGUGUCUUCCAACCUCAGUUGGAAACUUCAGAACAUUGGAAACCUAAUCGACCCCACUUCAACCCCCUCCCCCCAAAUCCAUUUUAUAACAACCGUUAAACAAGACAGAGAAAGACUUACUACACUGCCAUUAAUUGUUAAUAUGAGACUCUACCAGGGAAGGUCUUCAAGACCUCAUGCAAUUUUUUUCUAAAAAAAGUACUCCUUUUUAAUAUGUAUUCAGUCUUUGUCUUUAUUUUAAAAAACAGCGUAGUGUGUAUAUUGUUUUUUUGUAGGUUUUAAAUGUAUUUUUUUUUUUUUUUCUUCCUCAAUGAAAUCUAGAGGGUAGCUAUGAACUGGCUUGUGUUCCUAAAAACCCCUGUGUGUUUUAGCAAUCAGGAUGCAUUUGUAAAAUAUUAAUGAUAAUGAUUACAGUAAUAAUGUGUCAGGGAGAGGCCCAGAGUUCAAAAGGCAAAAAACCCUAUGUAUUGUCUGUUACAAUAAUGAAAAGUAUUACUCAGGAAAAAAGCAGCAAACUAAGAGGUUAUUUUUUUUCCUCAUUUUUUUUUUCAUGAUGAGGCAACUUUGAAAGGUUUACUUAUGUAAGUACAUUGAAGCUUUUUUGUUUUGUUUAUGCAUUUAAAAAACUUCCUACAGAAAGGGAAGACUGUAGCCAAUCAUGAAUCUGUGCAUUCAGUCACUGACAGACCUUUUCCACUACUAGUGAUGUUAUGGAGAUUAUGGUACCUUUGUUUUAGACAUAAACACACCCUUUCAUCUCUCUCUCUCUCUCUCUCACACACACACACACACACCCCGUUUCCAUGGUGAUGAGGGGGUAUGCUGAGCACUGAUUUAGCUCCCAUCAUCCUUUGCUUUGUUUUACUCUCUGGUUUUUGUUCCCUUGAUUUGUUUGACUUUUUUUUUUGGUCAUCCUCUUCUUUUGCAAGGAGUCAAUGAGCACUUUUUUAACCAGCCGUUUUAACCAUUGAGGAAAAAAAAAAAACUGAUUCAGCCCAGUCUCAUUUAAAUUUUGAUUUUCAAAAAUCAAAUUUUGAUUUUUUUUUCUUUUUGUGGAGAAAGCUGUGAGUUUAGUGGGAAAA